AUGAGAUUGGUUGCGGGAGCUACGAUGAACGACCCUUGGGACGUAAAGGCUGUCCGACAGCCUGGCCAGUAUUUGUCCUGUAUGAAAAUUAAUGGUGUACCGCUUCUGCCUCCAGUUUUAUCCAAAGAAUGUCGAAAAGAGAUGCAAUACUACAAAGUCCUUGCCAAAGAAGUAGAGAAACGCAUAGCACAUCUUAAACAGUAUGUUUACGACACUAGCUCAGACUCUGAAGACAAAACUGAUGCUCCUGAGCUUUCGGAAUGUGAACAGAGCUAUGAUCUAGCGGAGGAAGAAAUACAAGCAGGCUUUAAUGUCAAUAUAGGCAGCAUAAAAGCUGUUACCACAGGCACAGAAAUGUCUUCCGAACUAGCCACAAGAAAUGGCAAAGAUGCUACUAAAAGAGGCGAAAAAUUCGGAUCAAAUGCUCCAAAAUUCUUCAUAGACUUGAAUUUGACGAUCAAUGAGGCAGGCUCCAAGAUCCUUGAAACAGUUCAGAAAGCUGAAUCUCCCCCUGCUCUAGAAGUUCCCGAACGAGAUUAUAAUUGUGUCAGUAGAUUUACUCAACAAGUUAUAACUGAAAAAGAAGUAGUCACUACAGUAGAAACAUGCAGAAAUAUUGAAAAGAAGAGUAUAGGGGAUAAUUUUGAUUUUUGUGAUAACAAAGAUGAGUCAUUAUCGGAUCCACUUACAGAAAUACCUUUAAGUCCAGAUGGGCCAUCUUCUCUCAGUUCUAAAAGGUUUACAGGGUCUCUCGACAACUUACACAGUGAAAUCACAAAAGACUCUCUCAAAAAUAAUUCUAAAUUAGUAAGGCAACGAUCAUAUACUUUGCUUUACCCGAGCCCUCAACUUCUCGCUCACCUUGAAACACACUCUCAAAAUACCGGUAUUGAAAUGAGUUCUAUUUCUAUGAGCGAAUCUCUUUCGAAUAUAAGUUCACCCGGUAAGAAGCGCAGAAGCUGGGAUUUAGAAUCUGCCAAGGUAAAAUGGUCAAAUAUGGCCUUGGAGCUUAAACAGAAAAGUGUUGCUCACGUCAUCAGCACUGUGACCAAGAAUACACCGAAGUCAGAAACGAAACAAAAAAUUCCACUGCGUGCGAAGUCCAUUGACCCCGCCGUAGCUAAGCGUAACAAUACAAUCGCAAGAGUUUUGCCUAAAUCGGAACCUAUAGCGAAGAAUAAGACAUUGAUUGUUGCCAAAAAUCAUGUAAACAGCCGUUCGUUAGAUCAACAGGUAUCAUCACCUAAAUCCAAAAUAGAACGAUCUCUGAAAAUGCCAACAACUCCUGUGUCAGAAGUUGCUGAUCCAGCGGCACGUGUUCGAGAACUUUACGAAAAAAUACAGAAACAACAACUAGUACAAAUGGAAAAUUUGGUGGAGAAACAGAAGAAAGAGCAGCUAUUGUUGCAACAAGUGUUCGAGGAGCAGAAUAACAUGCUCUUCAAGCAGUUGAAGACAAUUUGUCCCAAAUCUCCCGUCGAAGCUAAAGAGGCCUGGAGUGACAAACAGUAUGAAGAAGACCGGGGUCCUGUCAGCUUAAGUCAACUUAUGAACUACAAGUCUGCAACUCUGACUGACACAAACCAAUAUUUAAAUCAUUGUGAAGAUGUUCUAAAGAAAAGCAAAAACAUAACCGGAAAUCUCAAGAAGGUCCUUGCCACGGCUCACAGUACGAAUGCGAGUAAGAUACAGUCACCGACGAAGCAGUUGGAAGGUAGUAGAACUCGUACUCAUUCUCCUGUGAGGAAUCCGACGUCCCGCAGACUGAACUAUGAUACUUCAGCGUCGUCCGACCGCGACUACGAAGCCAUGUUGACCGAUCGAACGAACGACACGAUGGCCGACCUGAACGUAACGUUCCCAUCAGAUAAUAGCGAUGAAGGCAAUAAUAAUAACAAUCUUUUAAGCCACUUAUGUAGUAAAGUCACCAAAUCCAGUAACGGAAGUUCAGUUCAUACAAACUCUGUUGUACAUUCAAGAGUUACAGAGAAAACUAUCAAAAAUGUGGGACGCUCUGUGAAUAGUUCGAUGCAGAACUCUUCGGCUCGAACGUCAAAGAUAGCGAGUUAUAAACACGUACCGAACCCCCGAGAGCGUGAGGCUGCCACAAAGAUAGUAGCGCACGCGAAGGGCUACUUGGUACGACGUCUGAUGCGCACGGAGAGGGUCCAGGGCAUCGUGCAAACGAUCAAGGAUGCCCUGCUCUGCGCUCUGCAGCUGCAUCAGGAUCGAGAGGGAAUUAGAGGAGCUGACGUCGACCUGCAUAGGCGGUUGAUCCAACAGAUCACGGCCGCUUGCUACUCCCUACAUGAUACGUUUGUGGCGAGCACUGCAGCGGAGCGAUGCGCCAUGAUCGCCGCUGACAGAGGCAGGAGAAAUUCUCUCGCUGCCAGGCAACCAAUUUCCUUCCGACAAACGGACAUUAUGACCCAAAGUCACAGCGGGUCAUUUCCUGCGCGCACCAAGCGACAGCCAUCUUUGCUGAUGACGCAGUCUAACUAUGAUCUCGCCGGUAAGUCGGCGCUACGUGGCGAGCCCGCGGCGCCGCCCGUGGCGCUGACCCUCGCCGCCGCCCGCGUGCUUCCCGCGGUUCUUUGCCCACUGCUGGGCAACGCGCAACGACAUUGGAUUGUGAAACUUUUCAAGGCGUAUUGGUUAAAAGUUGCUCCGAAUUGA